UUCGUUUUUGUCUUGCCCAGUUCUCUAAGGUGUUUUGGACUGACUAAGUCUACCAUCUCAAAUCACUCGGUUAAGAGCCCCUCAACUUUCUCUUAUUAAAGCUCUUAUCUUUGUUCUUGUUUGCGUUCCUCUUAUUACAAUUUGUCAACUCUCAAAAAUCCCAUAAUGGUCUUAGCAAUGUCUUUUGCUUUCCUUCUCUUCUUUCCUAUUGUUGUUCAAUCUCAAGCUACUGAAUUCAUUUUUAAUGGAUUCAAUGGCAGUGAAAUGUCUCGCAUCAGCCUAGAGGGAGCCUCUAUUGUCAAGCCUAGUGGUGCACUUAAGCUCACUAAUGCAUCAAACAAUGUUAUUGGCCAUGCGUUCUAUACAAACCCCAUUGAUAUGUACAGUAACUCUUCUUUGGACCCAAAUGCGUCUUCUUUCAGCACAUCAUUUGUUUUUGCAAUAAAACCAUCAACCUCUAGCCCAGGUGGCUAUGGCCUUGCUUUCACUUUGUCACCCUCCAAGCAAUUCCCUGGAGCUCAGCCUGAGCAUUACCUUGGAAUUUUCAACUCCUCCAAUGAUGGAAAUGCUUCAAACCAUGUCUUUGCAGUUGAAUUCGAUACGGUCAAAGGGUACAAAGAGAACUCAGACAAAGAAGGAAACCAUGUGGGAGUCAACAACAAUAGCGUGGAUUCAAUUAUAUCUUGGGCUGCUGGUUAUUAUGAGUAUGAUAAGGACAAUGAUGCAAAUUUCAAUGAACUGACUUUAGAGAGCGGUGAUCCUAUUCGUGCCUGGAUUCAAUAUGAUGGUGUGAAAAAAGUUGUGAAUGUUACAAUAUCUCCUUUCUUGGAAGAGGAACACAAACCAACUAAACCCCUCAUUUCCCAUCCCAUAGACUUGACACCAAUUCUUAAUAAGACUAUGUAUGUUGGCUUCUCUGCUGCAACAGGCCAAAAAACAAGCUUUCAUUACAUUUUAGGAUGGAGUUUUUCAAUGAAUAUAACUGCUCCUUCACUCAAUAUUUCUCAACUUCCUUUGCCACCUCCAAUGGAGAAUAGUUCAUCGGCUUACAAACCCCAAUUGAAGGUUGUGAUUGCCAGUCUAUCUGCUAUCACACUCAUUCUGUUGGGGAUUCUGUUCUUUUUUACAUGUUUCAAAAAGAUGGUGCAGCAUCACAGUCUUGAGGACUGGGAGUUGGAUUGUCCUCACAGGUUUCAAUACAAGGAUCUUUAUGCAGCAACAAAGGGUUUCAAAGAGACUGGAGUUAUUGGAGUUGGAGGCUUUGGUGCAGUCUACAAAGGUAUUGUACCAGCCACUGGAAGCGAAGUUGCUGUAAAGAAGAUAAUGCAUAACUCAAUCCAAGGAAUGAGAGAAUUUGCAGCAGAGAUUGAAAGCUUGGGAAGGUUAAGACACAAGAACCUGGUCAAUCUCCAAGGAUGGUGCAAGCGUAAAAAUGAUCUCCUUAUAGUCUACGAUUAUAUUCCAAAUGGUAGCCUAGACUCUCUGAUUUUCAAACCCAAAAACAACUUUGUGUUGACUUGGGACGCAAGGUACAAUAUCCUCAAAGGCAUUGCUGCAGGAUUACUGUAUCUGCAUGAAGAAUGGGAGCAAGUUGUGAUCCACAGAGACGUGAAGUCCAGCAAUGUUUUGAUAGAUGCUGAACUGAAUGCAAGGCUAGGUGACUUUGGUCUUGCCAGGCUAUUUGAUCAUGACAAAUUGUCACACACCACCAAUGUUGUUGGCACAAUUGGAUACAUUGCCCCAGAAUUGGCUCGCACGGGUAAGGUAUCUACAAGUUCUGAUGUGUUUGCUUAUGGGAUUUUGCUCCUUGAAGUGGCUACUGGGAGAAGACCAAUUGGCUCGAGCAAUUUCGUUUUGGUUGACUGGAUUAUGGAAUGUCAUCAAUUGGGUCAAAUUCUAGAUGCACUUGAUCCAAAGUUGAACUCAAAUUACAUGGUUGAUGAGGCCGAGUUGGUUUUGGAAUUGGGUUUACUUUGUUCUCAUCACAAACCAGAAGCUAGGCCUACCAUGAGACAAGUGACUCGGUAUCUUAGUGGGGAUGACCCACUUCCUGCCGUGGUUGACUGGGGCUCGGUUGACUUUCACAGUGGCGGUGAAAUGAACUCGAGAAAUUUAGCAGUAAUUUCUGGUUAUAUGACCACAACUUCGUAUCAUUCAUCGAGCAUUGGAGACAUCACUUCCAGUUCUAUAGACGCUGGUAGAUAGUAAGGAGCUUCAAAACUUUCCAUUUUUUGAGGUAUAUCAGCUUGUACAUCCUGGAGUAAUCAAAUCUUCCAGUCUGCUUAUGUUCAAAAUUUCCUAUUUUCUAAGACAGGAAAAUAGGAGAGACAAAAUUUAAGUACAAUAUCUUAAAGAAACCUAAAAAACAACAGCUAAAUACUAUACUUAGUUUUGCUCUUAAAGUAUCCCUUCAACCCCAAGUUUGAAAUUCAUUUGUAACAAACUCAUCAUUCUACAUUGACUAUAGAUUUUAUUACAUUAAUCCCUCAGUUCAGUUGUC